UUCCAGUCUUCCACAGUGUUCAACGUCACCCACGCCUUCAUUUCUUCACAAGAUUUCUCCUUCUCUCCCAUCUGACUUCUUCUCGCUCCUCCAUUUCCAUUCUUCACACACUCCACCGCCAUUUCACCCUAUACACACACCUAUACAUACACCAAUACAUACACCUAUACAUACAAAUAUACGUACAUAUGUAACUGAAGUUGUGAUUGUAUAUCUAUAUGGACACUCGAACUGCUAUCUCCGAUUCGAACGAGAGCACAAUCACCUGCGUCAAAAUCACCGACUCGUUUUUACCGGAAAACACGGCUCACGAUGUGUUGUCGAUGAAGCGGCUCUCCGAGAACAUCGAAUCGAUCUUCUCCACGGCGUCGCCGGAGUUCGACUACUUCUCCGACGCGAAGAUCGUCGCCGGCGACGGCCGAGUAGUCCCCGUCCACCGCUGCAUCUUGUCGGCGCGGAGCGCGUUCUUCAAAACGGUGUUGAGUGACAAAGUAAGUGAUUCAGGUGUCAAGUUAGAAUUGAAGGAGUUAGCGAAAGAGCACGAAGUGAGUUUUGAGGCGUUAGUUACGGUUUUGGCGUAUAUUUAUAGUGGUAAAGUUAGACCGUUACCGAAAGGCGUAUGUAUUUGUGCGGAUGAGGAAUGUGAUCAUGUGGCCUGUAGGCCGGUGAUUGAUUUUGUUGUGGAGGUUUUGUAUGCUUCGUUUGUUUUUCAGAUUACGGAGUUGUUUGCUCUUUGUCAGAGUCACCUUCUGGACAUUCUGGAUAAGGCUGCAGCGGAUGACAUUUUGGUGGUUUUGUAUGUGACAAAUAUGUGCAGAAAUGCUUGCGAGAAAUUGUUCACGAGGUGCAUGCAGAUUGUUGUCAACUCCAAUGUUGAUAUUGUAACUCUUGAUAAAGUCCUUCCCGAGCACUUAAAAAAACAGAUUAUGGAUUCACGCAUAGAACUAGGCUUAAUUGGUCCUGAAAGCAAUAAUUUUCCCGACAAACAUGUGAAAAGAAUACACAGAGCUCUGGAUUCAGAUGAUGUAGAGUUGCUCAGAAUGCUUCUGAAAGAGGGGAAUACCAGUCUAGAUGAUGCUUGUGCGCUCCAUUAUGCUGUGGCCUAUUGUGAUGCAAAGACCACAACGGAACUUCUUGAUCUUGGGCUUGCUGAUGUAAACCAUACUAAUUGGAGGGGUUAUACUGUGCUCCAUGUUGCGGCAGCUCGAAGGGAUCCUAAAAUUAUUGUAUCUCUUCUCACAAAGGGAGCUCGACCUUCUGAUCUCACUUCAGAUGGCAGAAAAGCCCUUCAGAUAUGUAAGAGGCUGACUAGAGCUUUGGACUAUCAUACUACUGAUAAAGGAAUAGAAUUUCCCAAGGAUCGUCUAUGCAUAGAGAUUUUGGAGCAAGCAGAGGGCAGAGAUCCAAUAUUAGGAGAAGCUUCAGUGUCUCUUGCUAUGGCUGGUGAUGAUCUGAGAAUGAAGUUGUUGUACCUUGAAAAUAGAGUUGGACUUGCAAAACUGCUGUUCCCUACGGAGGCUAAAGUCGCGAUGGAUAUUGCUCAAGUUGAAGGCACCUCUGAGUUUCCAUCAGCUGGCAUGAUUUCUAAAGUUAUGUCUGAUGCUCAGAGGACGACAGUCGACCUGAAUGAUGCACCUUUUAAACUUAAAGAGGAACAUCUAAAUAGGCUAAGGGCACUCUCAAAAACUGUUGAACUAGGGAGGCGCUUUUUCCCACGAUGUUCACAAGUGCUUGACAAAAUUAUGGAUACUGAUGAUCUAUCACAGCUAGCUUACUUGCGGAAUGACUCCCCAGAUGAACGAGAAACAAAAAAGCAAAGAUACACUGAAAUUCAAGAACUGCUUAAUGAGGCAUUUAGCGAGGACAAAGUGGAAUUUCAAAGGUCUAAUAACCUAUCGUCCAAUCUAUCAUCCUCCGCCUCAUCGACAUCCCUAGGCUUAAAGUCUAAUGGUAGCCCCCUGGUCAAUAGAUAGCAGUCUCCGAAUUGUAAGUUACAGUCAAUCAUGUAUGUUUUUUAUAAUAUAUUAUAGUUUUUCUUGCCUCCCUAUGUUAAUCAGAAAAUCUGGUAUUCAAUCUUUGUAUUAUGCUUCAUUUCAAGUUUGUAGAGUCAGAUUGAAGCUCACGAACAAAGUGUUAUACCAGUAAGAAAUCCGGCUGAGAUAAUACAGUUUCUUCGAUUAUUUACAUCA